UCCCAAUCCUCUAUCCAUGAACUCAAACUAGACGAUAACUUCAUUCCUAUUUCACUAACCCUUCUUUGAUUUUCCAUUCAUUUCCACUAAUUUCAUACCCAAAAAUGUCUUGCUGCGGAGGAAACUGUGGCUGCAGCUCUGGCUGCAAGUGCGGCAGCGGCUGUGGAGGAUGUGGCAUGUACCCUGACGUGGAGGAUGUCAAGACUGUCACCCUUAUUCAGGGUGUUGCACCAAUGAAGAACAACACUUUUGAGGGAGCUGAGAUGGGCGCCGAGGGAGGAGAUGGGUGCAACUGUGGAUCAAGUGGCUGCAAGUGUGGAUCAAGCUGCACCUGCAACCCUUGCAAUUGUUGAGGGGAAUUGCAUGAAAUUACCCAACCAAACUAAAGCUAUGUUGUGGACUAUUGUCUUUUAACUCUUUAAGUGUGUAAUAAUAACAAUAGCAACAAAACAGCCCAACACUCAACUGCAAGCCUAGGAUUAUCAUCACUUGUGUUUGCUGUCUUUGUGGUUCUUGUUUGCUUGGGGUUUAUUGAAACUAAUUAUUAUAUCAAUAUAGCUCCUUUAUGGGCAAAUCUUACUUUUAA